AUGAUGUCCAGCCAGGCCGAUUGUCCCAAUGAGGCGGACUUUUCUGAGCCCACGGUCGCGCGUCGGGUAGCCCCUGCCCUCGGGCCAAAUGGCUUUCCCUCGCCCGACAUCCCGCCACACCACGCCGCCUCUCCCUUGCUCUCGUCCACCCACUCCUCGGGUGACUAUCACGACGGCGCGCAAUCCAGCUCCGCCUCAACCACCCCCCUGCUGAAGGGCUCCUCCAGCUCCACCGCUACCGCCACCGCCGGUGCUCCUCCCGCCCUCUUGAGCACUGCCACCCCCAUUGCUGGCGCCUCUCCUGGCCCUGCAACGCCUCCUCCCUCCCCGUCGGCCAUGUCUUCCUGGCCUGCGGUUCGUCGCCGGCUGGCGCGGCAUCUUUGCGCCACCAUUGUCAUCGUGGUGGCUCUCAUUUCGAUCUUGGGCUACCUGAUCGACAUCCGCCGUCCGGUGAAGAUCACCCCCACAUCUGACGCUGGGCUUCCCUCGCCGGGUCACCACACCGAUCGGCUCUUCUGGUUCUCCCAGGUGUCGGACAUCCACAUCAGUCAGUUCCACCCGGAGCAUGCUGAUAACCUGCGCGUCUACCUGGAGCACGUCCUGCCGGUCAUUGACCCGGAGCUGGUCAUUGCAUCCGGCGAUCUGACUGACGGCCUGGACACCCCCAACAAUGCCAUCUACAACCGCAACCGCCAGAUCGAGGCUGAGUGGUCCACGUACCGGGCCCUGCUGGAGGAGUUCAAUGUCCUGCAGGACCCGAACUUCUGGCUGGACAUCCGCGGCAACCAUGACUCGUACACCGCCCCACCGGGCACUGAGCGCGAUCUCUUUGUUCAGUAUGGUGCGCGUGGCGACGAGGACAGCACUUACUACCAGGUAGAGGUGGUGAAGCCCUAUGGCCAGUACCGCUUCGUUGGUUUCGACAGCACCUCCGGCCUGCAGGGCAUGAACGCCCCGUUCUCUUUCUUUGCCGCUCUGGCGCCGGGCCCCGAUGUGUCCGGCCUGAUUGACAUGGUGUCUCGCCCGGGCUCCAAUCACACGGUCCUCUUUGGCCAUCACCCCCGGUCGGUGUCCAGUAUUCACCUGCCCUGGCAGGCCCUGUCACGCGGAUCGAUCGCCUACCUGUGCGGGCAUCUGCACCAGGCGGACAUGUACACCGCGCCGCCGAACCUGGACGACGCGCACCUGGAGCUGGAGCUGGAGGACAUGCGCACGCAUCGGACCUUCCGCAUGCUGGCCAUGGAUCACGACCUGUUCAGCUUCAUCGACACGACCCUCGGCCCGGCCACCUUCCCCCUGGUGCUGCCCACCACGCCGAAGGACUCGCGGCUGCUGACAUCGCGCGAGCCGCUCGGCCUGCAGAUCCGGCCCGAUGGACUGAUGCGCGUGCUCAUUUGGCUGCCCAAUGACCACCAGCUGACCCUGGGGCAGGUCCUGAUUGACGGAGUGCAAGUGGGCAACCUGCGCCGUGUGACGGCCGGCCAUCCGCUACACACCUGUACCUGGAACCCGGAGCGGUACCUCGACGGCAAGACGCACCAGGUGACCUUCCGCGUGCAGGCGGCUUUCACCGGCGCGCCUGGCUCCGCGCGGCAUCCCCUGACCACGCUGGACCCGGUGGAGGUGACGGUCCCGAUGCAUCUGGGCCACCAGCGCCAGGCCCCGGGGUCCUUGCUGAUGACGGCCCUGCAGCGCAUGCAUCUGGCCAAGUUCUUCCUCAGCCUGGAUGUGGUCUUCUUCACGUACUUCAUUGCCCUGUUGACGGGUGGGCUGUUCAUGCACUUUGCCUUCCCGCCGGUCACCGGCCGGCGUCGCGGCAGCCACACCUCUUCCGGCGGGAGUGCCAGCGAGCCGGGCGCCACUGGCGGCAGCGGCGGGUCGGCCGAGUCCCGGAUCGUCCUGUCGGAUCCGGAGGACGAGUUCUCCGACACCAAGACCGGUGUGAUGCUGGUCAUGCCGGCGACCGGUGGCAGCAGCAGCAGCAGCAGCAGCAGCAGUGCGCCCGGCUCGCCCGGGUCUCCGGGCGGGGAUGCCGGCGAAACCGUGGCCCUGGUGGCGGCGGUCGGUGGCGGAGCCAGCGGCCUGACCCCGGAGGCGCCUCGGCAUCGGCCGUCUGCCAGCGAGGAGGUUCCCUUCUGGAAGCUGGUACUGCUGGCCUGGAAGGCGCAUUUGAUCCGCGUGGGGCGUCUCUCUCCGGUGGCCUUUACCUUCCUGUCCGGGUCGCUGGUGUGCCUGGGGGUGGGUCCGGUAUUGGCCGGGCCGCUGGCCGGCUUCGAGCACCCGUGGGCUGUGGCCUUUUCCUGGGGCGCGGCCACCCCCUUCGGGUAUGCUCCGGCCCCGGAGAUGCUGGCCAUUGUCCUGCUGAUUGGCAUUUGCAUCUAUGCGCCAGCCUUCGCGGCCAUUGUGCGCAUCGAGGCUGAGAUGCGCCGGCGCCAGCGUGGUCGCGGUGCCCGCAGCCUUGGCCCGGCCAUCACCCUCAUCUCCAUGUCGGUGUUCUUCACGGUGCUGAUGCUCAUCCUGCUGGGUGGCUGGCUGCGUGUUGAGACGGCCCUCCUCUCGCCGAUGGGGCUGUGGUUCGAGCUGUUGGCGGUGACCUUGUUCACCGUGCGCUGGGUCAAGCUCGAGUGCCGGACUCGUGUCUUCUGCAAGUCGCAGUAA